CUGUGCGCUUGCGCCAGCGUCUCUGGCUCCGGGGCCCGGCGGCCGCGGCUCUUUUGUUUCCCUGCUGGAGCCCGAGCCGGAUCCCAAGCUAGGGUCGGAGGCCGGGUCAAGACCGGGUUGGAGUCGGAUCGCGUCGGCAUCCCAGACUGCCCGAUGGGGCGCGCCCCCUGCCCACUGCCCUCGGUCCGUGCCGUCGCCUGAGCCCCGGCCUGCCUGGCCCGGCCCGGCCCGCGCCAUGGAGCCCGGCCGCGGCGGCCUGGAGGUCGUGGGCAAGUUCGAGUUCUCGCGAAAGGACUUGAUUGGGCACGGCGCCUUCGCCGUGGUCUUCAAGGGGCGCCACCGCGAGAAACAUGACCUGGAGGUCGCUGUCAAGUGCAUUAACAAGAAGAACCUCGCCAAGUCUCAGACUCUGCUGGGGAAGGAAAUCAAGAUCCUCAAGGAACUGAAACAUGAAAACAUCGUGGCUUUGUAUGACUUCCAGGAAAUGGCCAAUUCCGUCUAUCUGGUCAUGGAGUACUGUAACGGCGGGGAUCUGGCCGACUACCUGCACACCAUGCGGACGCUGAGCGAGGACACCAUCCGGCUCUUCCUGCAGCAGAUUGCAGGCGCCAUGCGGCUCCUGCACAGCAAAGGCAUCAUCCACCGGGACCUGAAGCCCCAGAACAUUCUACUGUCCAACCCCGGUGGGCGCCGUGCCAACCCCAACAACAUCCGGGUCAAGAUUGCUGACUUCGGCUUCGCCCGCUACCUGCAGAGCAACAUGAUGGCGGCCACACUCUGCGGCUCCCCCAUGUACAUGGCCCCGGAGGUCAUCAUGUCUCAGCACUACGAUGGGAAGGCGGAUCUGUGGAGCAUCGGCACCAUCGUCUACCAGUGCCUGACGGGGAAGGCGCCCUUCCAGGCCAGCAGCCCCCAGGACCUCCGCCUCUUCUACGAGAAGAACAAGACUCUGGUCCCCACCAUCCCCCGGGAGACCUCAGCCCCGCUGAGACAGCUGCUCCUGGCCCUGCUUCAGCGCAACCACAAAGACCGCAUGGACUUUGAUGAGUUUUUCCAUCACCCCUUCCUUGAUGCCAGUGCCGCUGUGAAGAAGUCGCCACCUGUGCCUGUGCCCUCGUACCCAAGCUCGGGGUCUGGCAGCAGUUCCAGCAGCAGCUCCACCUCACACCUGGCCUCGCCACCGUCCCUGGGAGAGAUGCAGCAGCAGCUCCAGAAGACCCUGACCUCCCCAGCCGAUGCCGCCGGCUUCCUGCAGGGCUCCCGGGACUCAGGCGGCAGCAGCAAGGACUCAUCCUGUGACACCGAUGACUUUGUCAUGGUCCCAGCCCAGUUUCCAGGUGACCUGGUGGCUGAUGCGGCUUGUGCCAAGCCCCCACCGGACAGCCUGAUGUGCAGCGGGAGCUCACUGGCGGCCUCAGCUGGCCCAGAGAGCCGUGGCCGGACCCCAUCUCCUUCCCCGCCCUGCAGCAGCUCCCUCAGCCCCUCAGGCCGGGCCGGUGCAUUCUCCAGCAGCAGGUGUGGUGCCUCUGUCCCCAUCCCAGUCCCCACUCAGGUGCAGAACUACCAGCGCAUUGAACAGAACCUUCAGUCACCCACCCAGUACCAGACCGCACGGUCCUCUGCCAUCCGCAGGUCGGGCAGCACCAGCCCGCUGGGCUUUGCACGGGCCAGCCCAUCGCCCCCAUCUCAUGCCGAGCAUGGAGCUGCCUUGGCCAGAAAGCUCUCCCUGGGCGGAGGCCGGCCUUACACACCAUCUCCCCAAGUCGGAACCAUCCCUGAGCGGCCAGGCUGGAGUGGGGCGCCCUCCCCACAAGCAGCUGAGAUGCGGGGUGGCAGGUCCCCUCGACCAGGCUCGUCUGCACCAGAACACUCUCCCCACACUGCCGGACUGGGCUGCCGCCUGCACAGCGCCCCCAACCUCUCCGACCUACAUGUCGUCCGUCCCAAGCUGCCCAAGCCCCCCACGGACCCGCUGGGGGUGGCAUUUGGCCACCCGCAGGCCAGCCCCCCGCAGCCCUCCCAUGGGCUACAGUCCUGCCGGCCCUUGCGUGGUUCACCCAAGCUGCCUGACUUCCUGCAGCGGAACCCCCUGCCUCCUAUUCUGGGCUCCCCUACCAAGGCCAUGCCUGCAUUCGACUUCACCAAGACCCCCAGCUCCCAGAACUUGCUGACCUUCCUGGCCCGGCAGGGAGUGGUCAUGACGCCGCCUCGGAACCGGACGCUGCCCGACCUCUCCGAGGCGGGGCCCUUCCAGGGGCAGCCGGUGGGCCCUGGCCUACGGCCCACUGAGGACACCAAGGGCCCCUUUGGCAGGUCCCUCAGCACUGGCCGGCUCACUGAUCUACUCCUUAAGGCUGCAUUUGGGACGCAGGCCCCUGACUCGGGCAGCACGGACAGCCUGCAGGAAAAGCCCAUGGAGAUCGCACCCUCUGCUGGCUUCGGAGGGAACCUGCACCCAGGAGCCCGUGCUGCGGGGGCCAGCAGCCCUUCCCCCGUGGUGUUCACCGUGGGCUCGCCCCCCAGCGGGACCACGCCACCCCAGGGCCCCCGCACCACCAUGUUCUCGGUGGGCUCCUCCAGCUCCCUCAGCUCAGCUGGCUCCUCCUCUGCCCGCCACCUGGCACCUGGGGCCUACAGUGAGGCCACUCUCGAGGUCCCAGCCCCUGGCCACUGCUGCAGCUUCGCUGACCCUGUCACUGCCAACCUGGAGGGGGGCGUGACCUUCGAGGCCCCUGAUCUUCCCGAGGAGACUCUCAUGGAGCAAGAGCACACGGAGAUCCUGCACAGCCUGCGCUUCACACUCGUCUUCGUCCAGCACGUCCUAGAGAUUGCGGCCCUGAAGGGCAGUGCCAGUGAGGCAGCUGGGGGGCCUGAGUACCAGCUGCAGGAGAGCGUGGUGGCCGACCAGAUCAGCCUGCUGAGCCGCGAGUGGGGCUUCGCAGAGCAGCUGGUGCUCUACCUGAAGGUGGCUGAGCUCCUCUCCUCGGGCCUGCAGACCGCCAUUGACCAGAUCCGGGCUGGCAAGCUCUGCCUGUCCUCCACCGUGAAGCACGUGGUUCGGAAGCUGAACGAGCUCUAUAAGACGAGCGUGGUGUCCUGCCAAGGCCUGAGCCUGCGGCUGCAGCGCUUCUUCCUGGACAAGCAGCGGCUCCUGGACCGCAUCCAGAGCGUCACGGCAGAGAAGCUCAUCUUCAGCCAUGCAGUGCAGACGGUACAGUCGGCCGCCCUGGAUGAGAUGUUCCACCGUCGGGAGGACUGUGUCCAGCGCUACCACAAGGCCCUGCUGCUCAUGGAGGGGCUGCAGCAGAUCCUCACAGACCAGGCGGACGUGGAGAACAUCGCCAAGUGCAAGCUGUGCAUCGAGCGAAGGCUCUCAGCCCUGCUGAGUGGCAUCUGUGCCUGACCACCCGGAGGCCCGGCCCACUAUGCCCGUGGGGCUGGACCAUCUCUGCUGAUCCUGCGGGGGAGGGGGCAGUGUGCUGGCUGGGCUUCAAGGGACAAGCCUGUGGCCUUGACACUGCUUGCUGGAGCCGGGAAAAGGACUGUGGCUUCCCAUUCAGCAUCCAGAGCUAGGCCUCGAGCUGCAUCUUCGUCACCUGGACUCUGCAGCUGUGGACUUCAGGGCACUGGAGGGCCCUGCACAGAACCUCCACCCAGGCCAGUCCCCUGGCCUUGCUCACAGGCAGAACUCCCAGCCCAGCCAGUCAUCAGAAUUUCUCUCCUGGCUGCCUCCAUGGCAGGUGGGGAUGCACAGGCAGCUCCUGACCCCACCUAGACCCCAGGGUCAUCACGCUGAGGACAAGCCAAGGCCUGGAGACCGUGAUGCCCACUCAAGCCAAAGCCGCCAGGCCUGCCCAGUGGAUCCACCCAGGAAAAGGUGUGUCCUCCUGGCUCCCACCCCACCCUUCCCCAGACCACCCCUAGCUUUGUGAGUCACCCAGCACUUUAUGCAGAUGGACUGGUCCCGGUCCCAGCUGUUGCACUACAAGGCGCGUGUACAUAUCCAUAUCCACACACAUACAGAAGUAGCCCCACGAGCGCGUGCGCUGUGCCUGCCACCCCGGACCCCCCGGGAGACACAGCCGUCUUAUUUAAAUGUUCUUUUAGGGACGGACAGUAUGAAGCACCGAGCUUCCUAAAACCCAGCACAGACGUUACAGUCUUUCUCACUUUACUCCUAAAACGUGUCUUAUUUUCUUCAGCUUUUUUGUUUUUUAAAGAAGAAAACUCAAAACCAGUUGAGGACGUUUAUUUUGAAAUGGUGGGGGGCAGGACAGGGGUGGCCUCAGCAUCCAUGCUGAGACCUGGGCGGGGCGGGGAGCCCUCCCGCUCCCUGCCCCCACCCCGAGCCGCUCCCUGCCCGAAGACAGUGGGCAGGUGAGCAGCACCGUGUUUGUGCAAAGCUCCCCCGUCCAGUUUUCACAGUAGGUUUUGAUGUCAACCCCCCUCCCCCACCCCAGCCAGGUCCUGGCUGCUGCAGGGGGUGGUCCACCUUCCAGGCUCAGGGGGGGCCUUUCCUGGUCUGCCCAGCUCCUCCCAGAGUGUCCCCCAAAUGCAGAGGGAGCCGUGCCAGCCCAGGCACCCAUGGCAAGGGCUUCGAGGUCUCCACACAGACCCGGGCGGAGACCCUCUCGUGUUUCUCUCUUGCGAUACUUGAAAUCUCGCCACUGUGCUUGGACGUAGAAGAAGAGGAGCAGCCCUGGGAGUCGUGUCUGUCUCAUCACCCGUGACUUAAGUUUCUCCCUACUGCGCAGAAUGUGUUCGUAUUUAUUGCUUUAUGGUCGGCCAGAAUCCAGGGCCACCAGGAGGCUGGCGCCAUGGGAGGGGCCUCUGGCAGCUGCCCAUCCCGCUGCCUGCUUCCUGGGGUGCGGUGUGCGUGCUGCCAGCCCAUCCUGUUCUCUGCAGCACGGCUCUGGACCCUCGGUCUACUUUAAAAGAAGUUUUGUGUGCUCUCCCCCUCUUUGCGUUAAAUUGUGUAACAACAAUUUAAGGAAAUAAAACCUCUGGAAUUGUU